GAUGCUUUUUGGCUGCGGUCUGUGUUGCAUGCUCUUGAGCAUUUGGGCUGUUGUACAACUGAUUGUGAUGGGUUUCCUUUUUAAAAUGGAAGUAGUGGCUUUUAUUGAAGAAGCAGAACCGGACCAUCAUGGGUACGAAGAUUUUGAAGACUUUAUGAAACAAACGGAAGAAAAUUAUAGUCGGAUUGCAGUCAACUGCUGGAUUGGAGCAGCUAUAUAUUUAGUUAUGAUUGGCGUAUCUUAUAUGUGUAUUAAAAAAGCUCAAGCGAGUGACAAAGAGGCAGCAGAGCGUUUAGCUGACGAUGAAACAUUUUGUAAAUCCAAAAUAAAGAAGAUAUAAUUAUUUAAAAAAAAUGUUAAGCGCAAGAAGUCGUACAUAAGAAUUUAA